AGGGGACCUGCAAAGAAGAGAGGGCGAGCUUUACUAUAACUUUGUCUCCGCAGUAGUUAUCGCGAGCCAAAAAAAAAGUGAGAGCUCUCUCCCCCUCUCACUCUCACACACACACACACACAAAAGAACCAAGUCUGUGAACCUAUAGCUGGUCCAGGAUGAAGUUCAUGAAGCUCGGAACAAGGCCGGACACCUUCUUCACCGCGGAAGCUAUAAGGUCAGUUUCUUCAGAGGUCUCUACUGAUAUCAAAAUCAAAGUCCAGAACAGUUUAUAUUUGCUCCACAAGUUCCCUUUACUCUCCAGAUGCCUGCGCUUGCGUACUCUCUGCUCCGAAUGGAAAGGUUCCCCCGACGACAUGAUCAUCGAGCUCUCAGAGAUCCCAGGGGGUGCAGAGGCCUUUGAAGUCUGCACAAAAUUCUGCUAUGGCAUCACCAUCACUCUCAGUGCCCUCAACUUCGUGACGGUGAGAUGUGCUGCUGAUUACCUUCAAAUGAGAGAUGAGCUCGACAAGGGUAAUCUCGUGGGAAAGCUUGAGGUGUUCUUCAAGUCUUGCAUUCUUCGUAGGUGGAAGGAUUCGCUGACGACGCUCCAGGGAACAAGACAGUACCCGCCUCUAUGCGAAGAGCUUGGAAUCACUGGCCGCUGCGUCGAUGCCCUUGCCUCAAAGAUCACCGCACACCCUUCAAGGGACGAUUGGUCUCGUUACAACAAAGGAUGGUGGGCGGAGGCUUUGCAGGUCUAUGCCUUUCGAUGGCUUCCGAAUAUGUGGAGAGAUGGACAGCAGAGUAAUCAGAUGCCCGAAUAUCCUUGUUCAGAGUCCCUCAGCCUCAGGGAGAUCACUAUGAAGCACAGGUUGAUUCUGGAGAAACUAGUGAGUCUGUUGCCGUCAGACAAGGGUGCUUUGCCCUGCGGUUUCUUGCUUAAGCUUCUCAAGUCUGCAAACGUUCUCAAUGCUUCUCCAUCUUCAAAAUUGGAAUUAGCAAGGAGGGUCGGAUUGCAAUUGGAGGAAGCAACUGUAAGCGAUCUCUUGAUUCCGUCGCUGUCUUAUGUGGAUGAAACUCUGUAUGAUGUGGAUAUAGUGACGACAAUAUUGGAGGAGUUCUUGCUACAAGGCCAGAGCCCCCCAACAAGCCCUCCAAGAGGAAGGUUUGGAUAUGAGAGGAGAAGGUCGCGGUCUGCUGAGAAUGUAGAAUUUGAGGGCCAUGACAACAGCCGGAGGUCUUCUUCAGCUUCCCAUAGCUCGAAGUUGAGGGUAGCCAAGCUUAUUGAUUGUUACCUCCAAGAGAUUGCCAGGGAUGCAAAUUUGCCGAUGGAGAAGGUAAUUGCAUUGGCUGAAGCUGUGCCAGAUUUUGCUAGGACCGAUCAUGAUGACCUCUACAAAGUCAUUGAUAUUUACCUCAGAGCACAUCCAGAGCUCAACAAGAGUGCAAGAAAGAAACUGUGCCGAAUAUUGAACUGCAAGAAGCUAUCGAUGGAAGCAUGCGUGCACGCUGCUCAGAAUGAUAUGCUGCCACUGAGAGUGGUUGUGCAGGUUCUAUUCUUUGAACAGGCGCGUGCUGCUGCUGUGCCUGGAGGCCAAAUGAAUGAGCUACCAAAUAAUAUCAAACAACUUCUUGCUACAACUUCCGACUUAGAUGAUGACAAAGAAGCAGCAACGCAUCGGCCCAUGGCAACAGCUAGCCAUUUGGGUGACAGUUGGAGCAUCUCAGGAUUGAAAUACCCGACAGCAAAUCUUGAAACACUGAAAAUGAAGCUUGAAGAAGCUGAUAAUGACAUCGAAGAUGAUAUCCUGCACAGAAAUGGACUACUGAGGAGCUCUUCCACCAGGUUCAAAGCUUUGUGCUCCAUCCCCAACAAGCCCAAGAGAAUAUUCAGCAAAUUGUGGUCUAUGAACAGAAGUGUGCGAGAAAGACAAUAAUUCUUCCCUCUAAGCAGAGCAAUAGUAAUGUGAAAAUUGUCUUACCUCUUUGAUGUUCUUCUUUGCUCCGUUGUUCAGUAUCCAGAAGAUUUUUCCUAUUUGAGAUUUAUAGAAUAAACUGUAAAACAAUAAACCUGGAAGAACACUCAUAUUGUCAAUCAAUAACAUAAAAGGUAAGGUUGAGGUCA